AUGCCCAAGAAGAAGGCCGCAGCGAGCGGCACGAAUCGCUGCUUCGGCGACGACAUCCUCCGGCACGUGCUGUCCUAUCUGCCGCUGGACGAUGCCCUGCAGACCUGCGUGCUCAACACCAGGUGGCGCGACCACUGGAGGCACACCACCGACCUGAGCCUCAUCUUUGACGACCUGAGCUUCGAGCGUUUCAAACAGCUGGUCAAGCUCUUCAUCCAGCUCCGCGGGGACUCGCCUCUCGACAAGUUUGUGAUCCUCGCCUAUCCUGAGAGUGACGAGUGCACGUACACAAACACCAUGUUGUUGAUCGAGUACGCUCUGAAGUGCCAAGCUAAUGAGCUCAUGGUCUUUAGUCAUCACUCUUACGACACAUUCGUACUCGGCGUGCCUCUCAUCUCCCAGCACUUAAAUACCAUACACCUUCGCCUGGUUUACCUAGAAAGCUCCUCUCCAGAUUUUUCGCACUGCCCGGUAUUAGAGUAUCUAAGGAUAGAGCUGUGUAGAAUUAAUGCACGCAGGAUAUCUUCCAAAUCGCUAAAGCGCAUGUGCAUUACCGACCAAUGUUCCUUCCCGGAGGACUUCCACGUUCGGAUAUUUGCCCCUGGUCUUGUCUCACUGCAACUUGAUGAUUUUCGCGGCUUGACACCUUCCCUUGAAUACAUGCCAUUUUUAGUAACAGCUUAUGUUGGGCUUGGCAUUCUAUGCCCUGAACUCAAGGACCGUAGUUCUCAUGCUUAUCCUGUUGCAGAGGGUGUGAUUCUCCAUGGUUUGUCCAAUGCUGUCAACUUGGAGUUGAUAGCUGAUUACAGAACUGAAAAGCUUGAGAACACUAAGAAACUCAUUAGUGCAAUGGGAGCUCAAGAAACAAUAGAACAGUCAUUUGUGUGUGCCUACCUUAAGGUUGUCAACAUUGAAUGUAGAAAGGUUGAUGAUGGGAUUCACAAGAUUGUCAACAUCUUGACUACAUGUGGAGUACUUCGUCAGCAAAUUAGCAUCAAGAACCCACAUGCUAACUCAAACUGUUUCAGCUUCCAGAAGCACGAGCAACCGCGGUGGCGUACACCAUUGGCGCCUGAGAUGUGUGCUCAGUCGUGA